AUGGAUUAAUCAAUUAAUGAUGCUGAGGCUUUCCUCAAAUAAAAAAUCAAGAUCAAUCCAUUGAAAGAUUAGAUGUAGCAAAAUUAAAAGAAUUAUGAAAUUCAACUCCAAGUUGCUCAUUAUUUCAAGAAAUCUGAAAGUUAUACCAAAAAACCAGCAAUAAAAUUAGUGAGUAUGAUUUUAUAUCAUUUAAUUAUACAGGCAAUGAGAACGAUGAAGUACAAGUUUAUUUCAUAUAUGGAGAACAUAUUCCAGAUCAAAGUAAAAAGUAAGAUUAUGAAUCAUUUAAAAUUGAUAUCAUUGAAACAAUGCAUCCAAAAAUUGAUAGAUUUUUUAUCAUAGUCUUUUUCAAUACUAAUAUGAUGACUGCUUCAACUCUCAAUGAUUUCAAAGACUUUUAUGGAACUCUACCUGAAAAAUACUUUUUUCAUAUGAAAAAAUUUAUUGUCCUUCAUGCAAAUUUUAUUGUUAAAGGUGGAGGUAUUUUUGGAAUGAAUGAAAUCAAAUCUUUUUUUAAGAAAAUCACUACCUUUGCUGAUACGUACAAUUUUAAUAUUAAACAUAUAGACUUCUAAUCUUAUCUAAAGAAGAAUGGUUUAAAUAUAAAAUGUUAGCUGCAUUACCUGAAAGUGUUAAAGCAUAUGAUUAAUCUUAUAGAGAUAUUGAGAAUUAAAGAAAAAAAACUGUUUUCAGGAAAUAAUAAACACAAUAAGCAGUUGGAGAUGAUGAAAUAGAUUCAGAUGAUAAUUUUAAUAAAGAUUCUAAAAUUUUAGGAUUGAAUUUAGAUGAAUAUGAAAGAAAUAAAUAUGGAAUUCCAAUUAUUUUAGAUAUGCUUGUUUAAUACUUUGAAAAAUAACCAGAGAAACUUAAAACUGAAGGAAUAUUUAGAAAAUAAGCUGCUGUUUAUGAAGAAAAAGUAGUUGAAGCAGCAUUAGCAUGUUAAAAAGUAGGAUUUGUCAAUAAAGUUGAAAAUGCUCAUACUAUAGCAUGUGUUUUUAAACAAUUCUUCUUAAAAUUGAAAGAACCUAUAAUGACUUAUUAAUUAUAUGAAUGGGUUGUUUAAAAUAAACCAUAAAUUGAAUAAAAUUUGGAAGUGAGUGUAUAAAUGCUUUUUGAUUAUAUGCCAGAAUUGAAUAGAGAAAUAUUACUUUUCUCUUUAGGAUUCUUAAAUUCAGUCAUUUAAGAAUAAGAACAUAAUUUAAUGACUACUUAUAAUAUGGCUGUUGUAUUUGGUCCCAACUUUUUUAGAUCUGAAAUUGUCAAAAUGGCUGAUUUAGGUCAUGUUACGUAAUAUAUUAAAUAAAUUAAGCCUUUUUGUUUAAAUAGUACAAAUAAUGUUGGAAUUGAAAAAAGAUUAUGAUUAUAAAAAGAUGUUAGAAGUCAGAAGUGAUAAUCUAAAUUUUGAUGCAUCAUUAGUUCCCUUUUUGCCAGAUGAUUUAGCCAAUUUAGAUGAUAUAUUAGAUAUGGUCUCGGGUAUAUAUUGCUUACUAAGACUCUAGACAAAAAUGUAGUAAACGAAACUGAGAGAAAAGAAUUAAAGUCUAGAUAUAAAUGA